AUGAGGCUCCACGCAUGGUUAGCCAUCUGUUCCUCUUCCUCCUGUGCCACCACCGAAAACGACUCAAUCAUCCCAUUCCCGAAAAACCGGCCACCCUCUCCGAAACUCUUGCCUUCAGAUACAAGCGGCUCCUACUCCGACAUUCCUAGUGGCGACUCGUCAUCUUGCAACUCUAGCGCCGCCACCAGCAGUGACAGCCUGCAAACCCAUCUCUCCCUCCAAACCCUCCCAUCUGUCCCUUCCCUCCAGAAACUCUCCCCAGAAACCCUAAGCCUCUCAGUCUUUCAGCUCUGUGUCGCGUCCAUUAAACCCAGGCCGUCCCUCCCGAUCACCUGCCUCGCGGUCCAUGGUAAUCUCCUCUACGCAGCCUCCUCGCACGAAGUCAACGUCUACGAUAGCGCCACCUCCGCGCAUCUCGACGCAUUCAACGGUCAGGAUUCCUCCUCCGGCUCUGUCAAGUCUGUCACUUUCUGUGACGGCAAAGUCUUCACUGCUCACCAGGACUGUAAGAUCCGAGUCUGGCAGAUAACGCCCACUAAACGACACAAACUGUUAGCUACUCUCCCCACCAUUAACGACCGCUUACGCCGUUUUGUACUUCCUAAGAACUAUGUCACCGUUCGUCGUCACAAGAAGCGGCUCUGGAUCCAGCACGGCGACGCCGUCACAGACCUCUCCGUUAACAACGGUUUGAUCUAUUCAGUUUCGUGGGAUAAGAGCUUGAAUGUAUGGCGGGCUUCUGACCUCCGGUGCGUGGAGGCCGUUAAAGCUCACGAAGACGCCGUCAACGCCGUAGCGGUCUCCGUUGACGGAACCGUUUACACUGGGUCCGCUGACAGGCGAAUCCGGGUUUGGGCCAAACCGUUUGGUGAGAAGCGCCACGUGUUGAUAGCAACGCUGGAAAAGCACAAAUCGGCUGUGAACGCCUUGGCCUUAAACGACGACGGAUCGGUGCUGUUUUCUGGUGCGUGUGACCGUUCGAUACUGGUGUGGGAGAGAGAGGACAGUGCCAACCACAUGGUGGUCACAGGGGCGUUGAGAGGUCACAGUAAGGCAAUACUGUGCUUGAUCAACGUCUCUGAUUUGUUGUUCAGCGGGUCAGCUGAUGGCACGGUCAGGAUUUGGCAACGGGGACAAGAUGCAAGGUACUGUUGCUUGUCUGUACUGGAGGGACACCGGAAGCCAGUGAAGUCGUUGGCGGCGGUUUCAGAAGGCACAUCAAACGGUGUCGUGUCUGUCUUUACUGGUACUCUUGACGGGGAGAUUAAGGUGUGGCAGGUCUCAGUUUCAAAUCUGAACAGUCCAACCUCACAUGUUCUAUAAUGCAAUUAGGAGGAUUCUUUAUUUAUUUAUUUUUCAAUAAUGGUAUACUUAACACUCAUUUAUCAAACUCAUGUCACAUCUAAGUAUUUUAAGUAGUUGAUCAACCACUUAAAAUAUGUUAUAUCAACCGGUGUAAUAUGAGUUUGAUAAAUGAG